CAACAUCCUUUCUCCAGUUCCAAGAUGGCAGCUGUGAUGCUAAUAAGGACAAGCAACGACUGUUUCUGGAAUUGAUAAUGAAAACAUAUAUUAGGUAGCAGCUGUUAUUCAAAUGCUUGCGAUAUGAUUGAUAUCAUUAUUACAGGUAUGUUGUUCCUAUAGUGAUAUAUACUAGGGAAUAUACGGUUCAUAUUAUGGGUAUGGUCAUUUGUUAUUAACUAGCAAGCUAACGUUAGUUGUACAAUAAAUGAAUUCCGGGGACGGCCGCAUCUGACUCGCCAGCAAGACAAGAGCUGUCAGCUAACGUUGAGCAAGCAUUUAUUGAUUUGUUCGCAACACUUCACCAUGGCAAUUUCUCAAUUUCGCCUUUUUAAGAUUUGCACAUGGCUUGCAACCUUUCUUUCAUUUUUCAAAAGGUUGAUAUGCAGAUCUGGGAGGUUGCGUAAGCUAAGCGGUGAUCAAAUAUCUCUUCCAACGACAGUGGAUUUUUCGUCAGUGCCCAAACAGCCAGAGAUUGAGGAAUGGAGUUCGUGGGAUGAAGACGGUCCCACAAGUAUCAAGAUCGAGGGUGGCAAUGGCAAUGUGCCACCUCAGCCGGACAGUGGAGAGGAGCCGGAACCAGACUACUUCAAAGACAUGGCUCCAACCAUCAGGAAAACACAGAAGAUUGUGUUGAAGAAGAGGGAGCCCCUCAACUACUUGGUACCCGACGGCAGUGCAGGCUUCUCCAGCAGACUGGCAGCCACUCAGGACACCUCUUUCAUCCAGCCAUCUGCUGAGCUUGGGGACAUGGAUACCUGGAACGAGGAUGUCAAUGCCUGGGAGGAUGAGUCGUCUGAUGCUGCUUGGGAGGCAGAUUUAGUGCUCAGACAACAGAAGAUGGCUGAGCGGGAGAAGCGUUCCUUGGAGCAGCAGAGAAAGAAAAUGGAGAAGGAGGCACAAAGGAUGAUGAAGAAGGACCAAAAGAUCGCUGUCAAGCUCUCGUAACAUUUUCUUAACUUUUUUCCCGCCUGCGGGGCUCAUCUCAUGGAAAAACACUGAGACAAGCGUCAUCACGCCACCUCUACUCACAUCAACCCCAAGAUCAGCUCUACUCCAUGCAACAGUCAUUUUCCACAACCUCUUAUCGCCACCCAUCAUUGGAGGCAUUGCCGGGCAGCAGUCAGCUGACCAAAGGCUUGCCUGGGCCGUGUUCAUUAGGGCAUUGAACAGAAAACACAACUUAGUCCCUCCAUGUUUGAGCUGGUUGUGUUCCGUUUAGUGCCGCAUGAACACAUCCCGACUUAAAUGCAGUUUGUUCGAUUUAAUAAUGAAUCCCUGUGGCGGCCAUCUGUCAGUCAUAGACUUGGUAUGGAAUGUCUCCCUGGCUAAGUAUGACUCUGGUUUCAGUAGUUCGAGCAGAGAUAAAGAACCUGUCCAUUUUUUUCUUUUUUUCUUCAGGGAAUAAGUGUUAUUGUACUGGUACAUAUAGUACAAGAGGACUCUUCAGCGGCUUAAUUCUCAGAUUUUGUCUUAUUUAUAACAUGAAGAACAAAGGUGUGUAAAUAAAUGUCAAUCUCACUGUGUACCAGUGACAUACUCUAUAAUGCCUUUUGUCGGUUUGGUCAUUGUUCUUUUUAAAUUUCAUUUUCCGUCAUUGUAAAAGGAAAAACGAAAAAAACAUUUUCAUUUGUGUUGCUUGAAAUUCCUGAUUAACUUGUACUGUAUAGCCCUUAAUACACCGGAAUUCAGAAUCAAACAGAACACUUAUGUGUCAAAAUGAGAAUUUGCACACUGUCAAAGGCCUUUGGUAAUUUAAUGGAACCUUAUUGAAGUGCUGCUUGUGGAUUCCUAUGGUAGUCCUACUAAAGUCUGGCAGAUCAGAACCAUCUUUGAAAAUCAACUGUUUCUGCUUGCUAUUUUUACUCCCUUUUCAAUACACCAGAAUAGAAAUGACUAUCAAAAAAAGUAUUAGUUUUUUUUGGAUGUUGGUGUUUUACUUCCUGCAUUCAUAGCAAAUGAAAAUAUACUUUCCUUUUACUUGAGGGCAAUAACAGAAUUUGCCUUUAGAUUUCAUCCCACUACUACUUGUAUUGAAUGGAUCAAGAGCCUGUUACUUUCAGGACUGGUGUGUCAAUCAGAAAUGUCUUGUUGUAAUAGAAAUGUCAAUUUCAGCAUAUUCUGCAGACCGCUCUAUAGAUCUUUUUAAAACCAUCAUUGGAGUGGCAUGUAUUUGGGGAUUCUGGUAAAAGCACUCUUUACAUUGAGUAUCUUAAUGAAGGAUACCUUUAGAUCGGUAUGGUGUUUUCAUGGGUGUUUUAGUCAGGGUUUUUGGUAUAUGAGGGAUUCGUUUCUAGUUUUGAGAAAAAUUUCAAUGAUAUUGCCCAUUUUAUGGAUCACUGGAUCAGGAAGAAAAAGGUUUGUCGCUGCAAAAUCUAUAUAAUAGCAUUCAAAUUUUUUUGGCUUUCUUUUAAAAAUGAUUGGUGGCCAAUUGCUAUCACAGCCAGCCUGACGGUGAUAUGACAAUGUUUCUUUUGUUUUCAAUAAAGACUUAUUUUUAUUUUU